AUGACCUCUACCCCAUUUGUAUGGGCUCUGCGUUUGGAAGAUCCUCCGAGCAAAUUUUCCCCUCCAACUUUUAUAAUAUACGAUGGAAAGACGAAUCCCAUUGCUCAUGUAUUGGCUUACUCCCAUAAGAUGGCUUUGUGGGCAGGCCGAGAUGGACUUAUGUGUAAAACGUUCAUUACGAACAGUAGAGAUUCGACAACUUUAGAUACCUUGUUUGCCUUACACUUGAGGAAGAGAGAAUCUCUCAAAGCUUAUGCAUCCAGGUAUUCAGGUACUUAUCCAAAUUUUAAAGAUUGCGAUGGGAAGAUUGUAGUGACUACCUUCCGAUUGGGUCUGCCACGAGAUCAUAAAUUUCGGGAGACUUUGACUAUGGCACCACCAAGGAAUAUGACUGCAUUGCAAGAUAGUAUAAAGCUGUAUGUCAAGCUUGAGGAAGAUAAGUAG